AUGCCCAUAGCCAUUGUAACCUUGGCAGAAGCAGGAGGGCCAGACACCUUUUAUGAGGCGGAGACCAGGUACCGGGGUCAUGUGAGUGUGGUGGGCCCAGGCCACUCCCUGCAGACCAGCAACCUAAGCUGGAAGGAUGCGGGGCCUUACCGAGCCCACAUGAACCUGAGGAGCUCCCGCAUCACCCGCACUCGGGAGUACCAGCUGCAAUUCUAUGCCUUGUCCAGCAUCCGGAAGCUCGGACAUCCGGAAGCUCGAUGUGUACGGCAGAGACCCCUCCUGGAGAGAGAUGUAAUUACAACACAGUUCUGUGCCGGUGCGCCUACACGGCCUUCACGUGAGCAGCUGGCCCGGCCCCGUGUCACACUGAGCUCCAGGAUCGGUGAGAGUGGACACUGUAUCUUCAUCCUGACAUGUGAGGCCGAAAGCAGAGGAGGCUCUGUGACCUACAGCUGGCUACCUCUGGGACCCCGGACUGUUGUGUCCCGUGGAGGGUCUGUCCUCAGUGUCUCCUCAAGGCUCAGGGACAGGGCUCUGACCUUCACCUGCGUGGUCAAGAACCCAGUCAGUAACAGCAGCUCCCUCCCCGUCUCAGUGCCGUCCUCGUGUCCAGGGCCAGGAAUCCUGGGAGGGGACACGGUGGGGGAGACAGUGACCGGUCUCCUCGGGGACUUGGCCAUUCUGCCCCUGGAGGUCCCGGUUGGGCAGGAAGUGGAAAAGGUCACCUGGAGCUCUGGAGAGCUUGUUGCCAUUAUGCAAGCGGGGCCAGGAGGCCAACGGGUCCUGGCUGCCGGGAGUCAGGCACCAUACAGCAGACGGUGGAGUGCCCUCCACCGCGGCUACUCUCUUCAGAUCAGGCCCCUGAGGCUGCAGGACUCUGGCCUCUACAGAGCCUGGAUCACCCUGCCUGCAGAGUCCCCGGAUCAACAUCACCAAGGAUUUCACCCUGCGCGUUUACGAGAAGCUGCAGGAGCCCAAUAUCACUGUCAGCUCCCAGAUCACGAAGGAUGGGGCCUGUUACAUCACCCUGAUCUGCUCCCUGUGACAGGCCGGAGAGGAUGUUCAGUACAGAUGGGCACCCCUUGGCCAGGGGGCAGUUAUGUCCCAUGGGGGAACCACUCUCCGUGUCUCCUGGAGACUCGGGGUCAGCGACAGCUAUCGCUGCACGGCUAGCAGCCCGGUCAGCCAGAGCUCCAGCUCCAUCCCCACCAGGCCCCUCUGCCCAGGUGACCCCUUCCUUGUGUGGGCCCCCACCCUGGCAGCCUUGGUCCAGGAGCUCAGC